AUGGAUAUAUACAACCGUCAUUUGGCAGCUGUGGGAGCUUUAUUUGGUUUUAUCGGUCUACUAAUGGCUAUUCUAGCAAUUCGUUUACCUAAUUGGACCAUUGAAUACUAUCCACGAUAUUCGAAUGCAACGUGGAUUUCCUACGGUCUAUUUCAACAAUGUAGAUCAUCAAUACAUGGAGAUUGUCCCACUAAAGUCUAUGACGAUACACUUGCGAUUGUUCUAGCAGUUUUUGGCUCAUGUUUUCUACUUGCUGGUACAGUUUUCACGAUGUUUUAUGCUUAUCGUCCGUUUUUUCGCCGUCAUUAUUACAUAUCACCAGUGACACUCUUCUUAUCGUGGUUUUUAUUCUUUUGGACACUGUGUGCUUAUGGUAGUGAAUCGUUACUCAAUUAUCACAGUUCAAGAUUACUAAUGUCGACUACGGUAUUUAUAAUGGUUGCCACCAUUAUUUCAUCAUAUAUUGCUGGACGAUAUUUUGAAGGAUUUAAAGAAAACAAGUACGACAAAGAUUUUCACAAUGAAAAGAAGAAGAAAAUUGAAAAAUCCAAUCAUCAGCGCGAUUUAAAUAAAAAAAAUGGAUACAAUAAUAGAGAGGUGGUUGAUGAAGUAGACGAAACAAAAGCCAAGCAAAAUGGUGUUAAUCAGAAUGAUACGAAAGAAAAAGUUGUGAAUGAAAACGAUGGUGAUCAACAGGAGAUAGCAGAACGUCUUUGA